AUGGAUGCGGCCAAUGGCUAUGAUCCUCAAAAUACUGCCACCGCAUUCGUGCGCGACUAUACUUCGGCAGCAGUACAACAACAACAGCAGCUCCAGCAACAACAUCAACAGCAUCAACAACAGCAACAAGCUCAAGCUCAGACGCAACUCCAACCACAACAGCAAUACGCCAAAAGCAUACAGUCCUACCAGGCCCACCUGCAACAGCAAUUACCACCAUUGAUGCAACCGCCACCGUCACCCAACACACUUUCUUACUACUAUAACCCAGAUCGCGGCUGGCUCCGACUUGAACGAUCCGGGAGCGUGGACGCUUACCACCACAAUGAAAUACAGCGGGCGCGCCUGGCCAGAGGCAGCUUUUCUGACCACCAAUAUCUCGACAGCAUCCUUCAGUAUCCCUCCGUGGCUCACUCUUAUGAGGACUCUCAUUCGCUUAUGCAACAACCACAGGGCACCCAUCCAGCAUACACAUCACAAAAGCCGGAUCGUAUCCUUUAUGGCUCACAUCAACAACACCAACCAUUCCGACAGCCCGCAGGGCAAUCAUCACAGCAUGACUACGGGCAGCAUUCAAGCCAUAUACAACCUCCAUUGGAUCCUCAGCAGGCACAGCUUCAGUACCAACAACAGCAACAACAGCAACAACAGCACCAGCAUCAGCAGCAGCGCCUUGCGUCCUCUAGCUACUCGCACCUUGGUCAGCAGUCAGCGCAACAUCCUCAUUACUCAACGCCAUCGUCAUAUCACCCUCAAGUACACCAUCAGCAGCAACUUUUGAGUCAAGCUGCUCAGCAACCUCUGCAAUAUCAAGCAUCCCAGGCCCAGCUUCAACAGCAACAGCUUCAACACGCCAUCCAACAACAACAACAACAACAACAACAACAACAACAACAACAACAACAACAACAACAGCAGCAGCAGCAGCUCCAACAGCAACAACUCCAGCAGCUCUACUCUGGCCAGCAACAUCAGCCUAUUCAGUAUCAACUGCAGUCGUCAUUGGAUCAGCAGGCAUCACUCAACGGAUUCGCUCAUGCGCUGCCCGCAGCAUCUCAUCUGCAGUAUUCUACUCAAGGGAUUAGUCAGCAGCUCCAACUACACCAUCAUCAUCAGGCUCAAGUGCAAGCGCAGGCCCACGCGCAAGCGCAAGCCCAAGUUCAGGCGCAACAGCAGCAACAGCAGCAGCAGCAGCAGUUGCUUCAGCUUCAGCAAAUGAUCUACGAUCAACACCGCCAAGGCCAGGAGCAGCAGCAACAGCAACAGCACCAGAUGAUGUUGGCAGCAGCAGCGGUUGCAGCAGCACAGCAACAACAGCAGCAGGAGCAACACCAAUUGCAGGGUCAGCCGCAGCCUGCCACCAGCAUUCCUGCGGGUUCAAUGACAGUGACCAAAGUCCAACUCCCUCAAGCGCCACACACACAAAUGGUUGUCCAGGUUCAACUCGCUGACGGCAAGAACCAGCAGCUGAUCAUUGAUGCCAGAGAGGAAGAAUGGAGAGAUCAAUUGCUCUCAUACGCGCAUAUGCUCUACGCCUCGGAGGCAGCCAACCCUUCGCCAACAUCGCCUCUUAUCCCCAUCUUGCAAACGAUCAGCACGAUCCACAAAUCCCACUUACCAACACUCCUUCUCCUUGCUUGUGUUUACUACACACAGCGCAACUACAAAAUGUCGCUUCACUACAACCACCUCAUCCUUACAAAGGACCCCAACUACGUGGAGGCUAUGAGCAAUAUCGGAACAACAUUGCGAAGCAUGGGAAGGCAACCGGAGGCCGAAUCGUGGUGGUGGAAAGCUGUUCGGCUCCGACCUGGAUACUGGGACGCUGUCGAGAAUUUGAUCGGAGUUUUGUGUUCUGGAUAUGGCGCCACAGAGACGCAAGCUCAGACUUCGGCAGAGACAUUGGCUGAUGAAACGUCCUCAGCCGCUGCAAACCCAUCCAAACCAAAAAUCGACAAGCCCACAACGACUACCCAACAACCUCCUCGAUACAAGGAGGCUCUCAAGAUCUGCGAGUUUGUCGAGGCCAACGUUCUUCCAGAUCCCAGUGAUUCCACAGGAGAACAGCCUCCGCCACUCCCGAUCCAACAUACUCCCCGUCUUCAGAAUCUCCUUUACGCCAAGGGUAAUCUUAAGUACGCACUCGGCGAUAUCGCUGGCGCACGUCAAGAGUAUGAACGGAGUCUGGAGAUUGUCUUUGGAGCAGGCAUCGGAGCAAUGCAGGUCGUGAACGAGAUUAUGUGUCUGACCAGAAUGGCUGCCGGAUACAGUCGGCCCAGCGCCGCAGAACUUGAGGGAGUCAUGCUUCUCCUCCGACCCGAGGAAGCCCUCCAAGUCACCCAGGUUAUCUUCCGUGAGAACGGGGGUAUCCUUCCUGGUCUCGCAGCUUUGGCUGCUUCAUGUACCGACGCAGCUGGUCAUCCCGUUGGAGGAGUCAGUUCGACGCUUUGGCAGCAGGCGAACCAGACCACAAGCACAAUCCUGUUGACCCUGGCCAAGUUGUAUCAGGACGUGAUGGAUCAACCAGCCAAGGCGAAGGAGCUCGCAGGAACGGAUAACUAUGUUCCCACCAUGUCGAUGCUUCUGCCUCUGUACUACCUCAGUCUGGCUCUCAACCCGUCGCCUUCGACCUGCAACAACCUCGGUAUCUUGCUGAGCUCCAUUCCACCGACCGCCAAGAUCUUUUCUUACCCCCCUGCCGUCCAACCCAUGCAGCUCGAGGUUCAGUCGAAUGGAUUGGUGGUUCCUGCGCAGGUGGCGCCCGCUUACCCCAUGACAGGACAGGCAUUGGCGCUGCAGUUCUACAACUAUGGCCUUCAACUCGAUCCUCGCCACCCUCAUUUGUACACCAACCUGGGAUCACUUCUCAAGGAUAUGGGUCAACUCAACGAAGCUGUGGCCAUGUAUGAGAAGGCUGUCGAGUGCAACCCCAAGUUCGAUGUCGCUCUUGCCAACCUCGGAAACGCGGUCAAGGAUCUGGGCAAGGUCCAGGAGAGUAUCCAGUGGUACCUGCGAGCCGUGGAGAUCAACCCCAACUUUUCCGAGGCUGUCUGCGGUCUGGUCAACGCCUUGGGAGGCGUUUGUGAUUGGCGUGGCAGAGGUGGUGUCGGACCCGUCAGCGUGACGAUGGAGGGCCAGCUCGUGGUUAUGAAACUUUCGCCGACUGACAAGCAACCCGUCUCAGGAUGGAUGGGACGAGUUUCCGAGAUCGUUGAGAAACAGCUCACAGAGGGUGCUGUGUGGGGCAUGGGUCUUGUUAGAUUGUUCCGUCAACAGCUGUGGCAGGUUAUUCUCCGGUCCUUUUUGGAUUCGAACCCGCGUCAUCCCGACGCUCAGCUUUGGCAGUCCCGCCUCGACUUUUGGUGCAACCGCACCGAUGCCAAGGAUCGCCGCAACGAGGGUGGCUGGAUCAUCCGAUUGCUCGAAAGGGCAUCGCGUCGAUUGCAGAGGCGGUGGUACCUGGAGAAGUACGGUGCCAACCCUAAGCGUCCUCGGCGAACAAGCGCGGAAUUGGCUGAGCAGUUUCAAAGACCUAUGCUCCCACAUGGCAUGUCGGCGCCUCCUGUUCCAACAGUUUUGCCAUUCCAUACUUUUACCUAUCCAUUGUCGGCUCGCCAGAUCCGACUGAUCUCUCACAGGAAUGCCUUGCGCAUCUCUCACGGAACACUGGGAUCGCAUUGGCUGCCAACAACCGUCUACCCUCCUCCUACGCCACCGACCUCUCGACUCAAGAUUGGCUACGUCAGUAGUGACUUCAACAACCACCCUCUGUCGCAUCUUAUGCAGAGUGUGUUUGGCAUGCACGACAAGAACCGAUUUGAGAUCUUCUGUUACGCUACCACCCCGGCCGAUCAAACACCUUACCGAGCCAAGAUCCAGAGCGAGGUGGAACAUUUUAUUGAGGUGUCAACCUGGAGCAACCAGGCUAUUGUGGAGCGCGUUGUUGCGGAUGGAAUCCAUGUUCUCGUCAACUUGAACGGAUACACCAAAGGAGCUCGAAACGAGGUCUUUGCGGCGCGUCCUUGCCCAGUUCAAGUCUCCUUCAUGGGAUUCGCAGGAACGUUGGGAGCGGGAUGGUGCGACUGGAUCGUGGCGGAUCCCAUCGUUUGCCCACCAGAGAUGGUCAGCGGUGUGGCAUGGAAACGGAAGCAGCGAUCCUUCAUCAUCGAGAACGCGGCAUCCUCCAGUAACGGCGACUCCACAUUGUCAGGAUCCGGAUCCGGAUCGAAGCGGCGGUCAAGUACCAAGGCCGAGCGGGAGAUCAAGUCCGAGCCAAGUGUUGACAAGGUCUCUAGCCCAACUAUUGGAUCGCUGUCACAGCACGCCAUUUCCGAUUUCGAGGGUGAUGUUGAUCCCGAGGAUACCAGUGACGACUGGGUAUACACUGAAAAGUUUAUUUACAUGCCCCACAGUUACUUUGUCAACGACCACCGACAAGGCUUCCGCGAGGAGGAGAAGGAGCAAGAACGUCGAUUGCUCCUGGCCACCGAGCCUCACCUUGCCAUGAGUUCCGAGUGGUCGUGGGUUCUGGAGCAGGACCGUCGCUGGCAGAUGCGCAAGGAGCUCUUCCCUGGCCUUGCCGAAAACACUGUUAUCUUUGCCAACUUUAACCAGCUCUACAAGAUCGAUCCGCAGAUUUUCAAAGUGUGGCUGCAGAUUUUGGCCAAAGUUCCAAAUGCGAUUUUGUGGUUGCUCCGGUUCCCCGCUGCCGGUGAACCGCACUUGCUCCGCACCGCCAACGAGUGGGCAGGCCCCUCUGUCGCAUCCCGAGUCAUCUUUACAGAUGUUGCUCCAAAGCAGAUCCACAUCCACCGUGGACGCAUUGCGGACCUGUUCUUGGACACUCCCGAGUGUAAUGCUCAUACGACCGCUGCUGAUAUCUUGUGGAGCGGUACACCCAUCCUGACGUUCCCCAAGUACAACCACAAGAUGUGCUCAAGAGUCGGAGCCAGUAUCGCCUACGCGACCGGACAUGGUCACGAGAUGGUCGUCAACUCGGAGGAGGAGUACAAGGAUCGAGCAGUCAAGUUUGCACAGGGAUGCCACUGGGAGUAUGUUACGGACAGUGCUUUGAGACAGAAGCUCCGUCUUGCUGGACACCCACACGCGAUGGCAACCCCUGGCGCAGGUUUAGUCCAGCCCUUCCACGGACUUUCGGUGAACGGAGUUGGAUCCAUGACGGUCGGUCAGAUGCCACAGACACUUGUAUACCCUAACGGCGUUCAACAACCCAUGGUGGCUGCAUCUCAGCAGUCCAUCGUUCAUUGGAUGGGACAUGGACCAUUGAUGGAUCUUCGUAGGGCUCUCUGGGAACAGCGUGACCAGUCUUUGUUGUUUGAUACGCUCCGGUGGACGCGCAACUUGGAAAAGGGUCUGUGUGAGGCUUGGAGACGUUGGGAGACUGGCCAGGAGUUUGACGAGCUUUUGGAGGGCGCGACGAGUAAUGUGCGCAGGUCGAAUGGCAACAUUGUUGUCCAACAUGAUAUCGAUUCUAUGACUGCGACUACCUCGACCAGUCUUUUGGCACACAGCAACGCCAACGGAGUCGGUAAGGGGGUGUCGUCCAUUGGAGCGCAGGGAUCUGCAGCAGCAGCUGAGUCAUUGGGUUCAGGAUCCUCGGGACCCUCGGAUAGCGUCAAGUCGGCCUCUGGAUCUGUCUCUGGAUUCGCUCCAACCCAACCGCUCUCGGUACCUACAGGAGCGACGAAUGGGAGUCUGUCUGACUCCCCAGGCAUGAUCAAUGGUUAUUCGACGUCGCACCUGGGUGGUAGCUUCAAGUUGAGCUCUGUCAAGUCGGGCAACGGUCAAAGUAACAGCAAGCCAAGUUCGAAUGGGAGCGAGGGUACGUUUGGAGGAUAUGGUAUGCCGGAGGGGCAGAUCGACCCUGGUCAGCAGGGAGAGCCGCGGCGUUCGAGUAGUGCCCAUUUGCAAGGCAGAGCAGGCAGUGGCGCGAUGAGGUCUAAAGUCGAGCGGCUGGAUCAGCAAAUCCGGCGACCUGACCUGGGCUGCAUCUUUGUUUCCGAUUGA